UCAAGCGAUUUGCCCUAAGUCACGCCGCCAAGGGGCGGGCCACGCAGACACGAAGCCAGGCCUAACUACACGCCGGAAACCGCGCUGGAAGGGGCCGGGGGGCGUGGAGGGUGGCGGCCGAAGAACGGAGCGCCGGCGACCCCGAGAGCGGGAAGUCGGGAGACGGCAGGAGAGGAAAACCAGAGAAGGCGCUUCCAAGACGAAAAGGCGAUGGGAAGGUGCGAGGGGGCCCGAGUCACGGCGGGACGGGGCUGGGCAACAUCGGCCAGCGUGGGGAGGAGGGAGCGGAGGGAACCACCGCCUCCCUGAACUCACUGAGCACGAGCACUGGACGGUGGCCCAUCAUGGCGGCACGAAGCAGAGCCGAGCACCCAGAGCUGGGGGAUCCGGCAGAACCUUCUGGAGAGAAGAGCAGCGAAGAAAACGCUACCUCCUCAGGACUGACACAGAAACCUGCUGCCCUCCCAAGUGCCGCCAAUCACGAAGCCCCUCUCAUUGAUUGGCACGAACAUAGACCAAUCGACAGUGCGAGCCCCGCCCUCUACGCAAGAAAGGCACGAUACCUGCUGCUGCUGAGAUGGAGCAGCACACUAGUAAUCCUGCUAAUGACAAAGCCAAAGAGGAAGAUAAUGAUGCUGUGUAUCUUUGUCCAGCAAAACCCUCCCCCAGUUAUAUUAAUCUUCAAGCAAAUUCCCUGCCAGCCACUUUCUUGAACAUCCAGACAACAAAACUGCCUUCAGGCGCUGGCCAGAAGCCCAAGGAAUGCCUAGGACUCCUAGAAUGUAUGUCUGCCAACCUCCAGCUCCAGACCCAGCUUGCCCAACAACAGAUGGCUAUUUUAGAAAACUUGGAAGCAUCCCUGUCACAACUGGGUCCCCAGAGGGAAAGCAACAAUGGUUCUUUCCCAGCCUUAUGCUAUAAUCUGUUGUUAAAUCACCUGCCCCAAUUCCAUAAAUGAACUGUGGAACACAGA